ACCUACCUUAUAGGUACUAGGCAGGCAGAUCAGGCAAAGCAAAAUAAGCAAAUUAAAUCUGUUUGUCCUGUCCUAUCUAUAAACCCGCGCGCGGGAUCCUUUCUAAUCAAAAUCGACGACGUGUCCUAUUUUAUAACCUACUUACGGGAAGGCAGGUAAUCAACCAAAGCGGCUAACAACGCGGGUCAGCAAUAGGAGUAAUCGUGUUCCGUGGUCAGCAAAUCAAAAUAACUACCUAGCAAAAGCAAGACCAGAACUAACCUACCUACCUAGACAAUCAAGUAGAGCGGGCAGCACAGCAGGAGCAAGAAUAACGCAUCUAGGUCUGAAUAAUUGCCUGCAUAUAAUCACAUUGGUCUUUGAAAAUGGAUUUUAAAAUGCAUGAAUAUACACAUGCAAUUGUUGGUAAAGUGACACCUGUCUUGAGGCUGACAGAUAGAGCUGAUUUGAAUGAUGCUCGACGGCAACAUGACUGCUACCUGAGGCUGUUAAGAGAGUUGAAUGUAGAAGUCUUGGAAGUGGAUAUUGCAAGUGCUUUUCCUGAAAACGUGUUUCUGGAAGAUGUUGCUAUUGUCUGCCAUGGUAUAGCCCUGUUGCCCAAACCAGCUACAACAGCCGAUGAAUUAAAGAUGAAGGCUAUAAAGGAAAUCCUGCAUAAAGAUCUGGGACAGACUGUUAUAGAUGUGACAGAUCCUGAUGCAAAGAUAGUCGGAUCAGAUGUUUUAUUUACUGGUCGAGAGUUCUUCGUGGGUAUAUCUGAGACAAGUAACGAAGCGGGAGCGAGUGCGGUUGCAGACGCUUUCCCGGAAUUCCCCUGCACUCCUAUAAAGAUAUCGAAAGGGGCGCAUAAUCUGAAAAAAUAUGUUACCGUUGCCGGCCCAGACAUACUUUGCGUAGGUGCAAGCAAAGAGGCAAAAGAACUGCUCAAAAGAAUGGAGAGAGAAGCCACCUUUUCAUACCAGACCCUGUCGGUGACGGAGGAUGAUGCUGCCAACUGCCUAUAUGUUAAUGGAACUCUUGUUCAUAGAGCUAUUGAGGAAAUUCCUGAAUCUUUUAAGGUAUUCUGCGAAAAGAUAGACUUUGCCAGAAGAUCAAUCUGUUUCUCCGAACUAGCCAAGGUGUCCACUGGACUCAGUUCCUGCUGCCUUCUUGUCAGGAAAUCUUAAACUGAAAGUGAUCUCUGAUACGGGCAAGUAUUCGCCCAUGUGUUCAGUAGUUAAAACCUAUGUUUUAAUCACGCUUAUCCUUAUAAUUAGUUAAUUCCAGUUUGGUCUGAAAUUACGCGCGUUACUUUCUAUAUAUUUGGUGUAGUGGCGUGUCAAUACAAAUAGACAAACAAUAUUCACACUUAGAAUAUUAUUUUGGGAUUUGUCUUCUGAGACAGCGGCCCCUUAAGUCAUACUGGUUCUGUUUUCUUUUGGCGUUCGUACAAUUACAGUAUUUGAUUUGUAUAUAAUGCAACGCAUUUUUUAUGCACAAUAUAUACUUAAGCUAGCCCUCUAUUCUUGUGACGAUAUAAAGCUAUUAAGCGAAGUUGUAUUCUUUAGGGUUGAAAUUUCAAAAUGAACGACUGCACACAUAAAAGUUCAAAUUCGCCUUGGAUAUGAACCUCACUCCACACCAGCGCCUCUAGCGGCGAUUUGAAGUAAAUGAAACUGACUGAAAAAUAUGUAACUGUGUGGCUUCAAAGAUAUUAAAGUACAAGUAAUUUGUAUAUUGUUAUUAUACAUUUAUUAGAUAGUGCACAAAGUCGCCAUUUAGAGAGUCGGUUCAGACUAAAAUUUAAUGUGCAGUCUUAUAAAAUGUAUUAUAUCACAUGUUAUAACAUAAUUAUAAAAAGUAUUAA